AUGAAGAUAGCUUUAAUGAAUAUUAGCUAUUUAGGUCAACUAGGCUCCAUUACUUUGAUAAUUAUCCAUACAUUUCGUCACAACCUUUUGGCAGCAAAGUAGAUUAUUAUGGAGCUUGGUUUGA